CAGAAAAGUCGUUACAAAAAAAUCGGUUCGAAGCAGCAUCAAAGAAUCCUAUGCCUCAGACGUUUACAAACGAGCUGAGAGAUUGUCAUCGGGUCUGAAUCGAAAUAUGCAUUACCACAAAGUAGGGAUCACCCUCCUUUUCCUGCUGUAUGGAAUCUCCGGAUUGGAGUCCAUCUACCUGUACGACGACACGCCCCAGCUGGAUGAAACGGACGGCAGGCAGUUCUUCUCCAAUCUGCACAUGGAUUCGGACAGCGGUGAGGGCGGGUGCGGGGGCGUGAGCUCGAAAGCGAAACAAUGCGGUAACUUUGACAAGGGCAAUCCCAAGUCCAAGGCCUCCAACAUCGCCCAGAAAGCCGCACAAGAUGCCAAGGCGGCUAGCGAUGCCCAAAUGUCGGCAGCGGAGGCAGCAGCCACUCAGGUGAAGACCGAGCUGGCCGAGAAAGCGGCACAGUCGGCGCGUGUAGCAGAUGCAGCACUCGCGGGCAAGCAGCAGAUUGUCGAGCAAUUGGAGCAUGAGAUGGCCGAGGCGGAGGCAGUCGUCAAUGAUAUCAUGUCCUCCCUGCAGAGCACCCAGGCUAACUCCAUUGCCGCAGCGGCGAUGGCCACCGAGGCGCAGAGUCAGGUGGAGUCGUUGAAGCGUUUGCUGGCCGCCGCCACCGCAAAUCUGGUAAAUAUCGAGGGCGUGUCCCAAGGCGCACAGACGGAGCUGUCGGAGAAAACCCAACUGCUGGAGGCUGCCAAAAACCGGGUACUGACUCUUGGUAAGCAGAUAACGGACGCCAAGAAGGACUUUGACGCGACCAAGCAGGCGGCCUACAAAGCGGCCUGUGCUGCUGUGGAGGCCCAAAACAAAGCGGCGGCGCCGAGGACGCGACGCAUGGCCGCAUAUCGCCAGUGGAUUAUGGAAAAGCCGAGAAAGUACGUUCGAGGAGGGGCCAAGAUGUAAGGAACAGCCGAGAAAGUACGUUCGAGGAGGGGCCAAGAUGUACGGACCACGUGUGCUUCGUAAUUUAUAUAUUUUCUUAUUUUGUUAAACGCACUUACAUUUUUUUAUAUCAACUUGAAUUUUAUGGCAUGUUGUGCAGCCCUGGGUCUAUUCGCAUCUCUCUGAAUAGGUUAAGGCUCUCUUUGAACCGGUUUAAAUAUAGCGCACCUUAUCGGAACCGGUUUUGGUAACUAAAACGGUUUUGAAACGGACACGACCCGGUUUUGCUUUCGGCCAAUGAAAAUCGUCAAAAGUGUUCUUCAAAACGAUAAAAAUGCAUUUCAAAACAUGUUGCUGCAGCAAUCAAUUUGUAGGGUCUCUGCAUACCGUAAGGAAAAGGAUAUUAUAGAAUUGCGGAAAUGUUUGUCAUCCCAGACUCUAAUUAAUGCAGAAACUAGUCAGUCUCUGUUUAAAAGGUAUGUAUUUCAACGAUAUUUUUAAGGAGUGGUCUUCUUACAGAGACAAUGAAUUGGUAUCGGGAUCAAUAUAUGUAUAAGAAACUAAUCAAAUGCAUGAAUACAUCUAAAACAUAUCAAUUUGAGAAAAUGUAUUAAGUUAUACAAAUGCCCAUACUCGGUUGACAAGCAACAAGUCUUUAAAUACCAGCAACAUUGAGGUUACAAUAUGUGAAUGUUCUUUUUUGU